AAAAGUUUUAAAAUUUUAUUUUAGAAAAGAUUGUAGAUAAAGAAAACAAAAUUAUGGAUGUUUAUUAUUGGCAGGGAACCCAGGAAGUGUAUUCUCCUUUUAAACAAAACAUGGAUACAGUCCAGUCUUCAUUCUUCAGAUUGUCUCUGGAAGAUCUUCAAAGAGUAUCCAACGUUUACUCAAGGCCGGCAUUUGCUUACAACAGGGCUAAACAGUCUGGAAACCGCGUUAAAAAACAGCAUGUACAGCAGGAAGGAGGCUGGUCAAACAAUACCUGGGCAGGUUCUACAAGGACGACGACAUUUAGAAGCCCCAGAUCAUCACACGAGUUUUCUUCUAGAAAUACAGUACACAAAGACAAUACAAAAUUACCCCUGAAGAAGGACCUAUACCCCCCUCCACCAGGGCCCCUGAUGCCCCUCCCUCCAGGCGAGAAGGUGUCCCCCCUCUCCCCCUCCUUCUCCCCCCGCACCCACACCUCCUCUAACUCCAGCACAGAGUUCUCACUAUCCGUCUCUCCCAGGUUCAACUGGAGAUACUUAGAGCAACAGGUUGGUGGUGUAAGUGAACAGCAGCUGUUAACACAGCUAACCCAACUACAUCUAGCGGUAAACAAAUCAAACUUAUCUUGUAUACGGCAGUUAGCAGCUGAUGGGCUAGAUCUAGGUAUUCCGCUCAGAGGUGUAACAGCGCUGUCCUGCAGUGUACAGCUGGGUAAAGUAGAUGUUAUGAAGGAAAUACUUAGAGAGAUGCUAAUAUCAAGGACAGUUCAGAAAAACAUAAAUAUAAUACAUUUUUUUCAGGGAAUGAACAUUCGAAACAGUUAUCAAUUGACUCAAAAAAAUUAUUAA